GGGCGACCCCGGUUUCUUGUAUACAUAGUAGUAAACAAGCCGUCACUUCUAAUACCCUAUGCCUUAUUAAGAAAAUGCCACUACAAGGACAUGUUGGAUCAUCGUAAACAAAGUAAGUAUAAGUUUUAUCUGAUUUUUACUUCGACGUCACCACCUACAUUACUACAAUCUAUUCUGUGACUACUUAGUAUGACUCCUGAGUUCGAAUCACAAGAGGAAGAACACGAUGGCUUUUACUACUUUGCACGCCAUGGAAGGCGCCUCCGGUGCCCUGUAUAAUGUUGGCAACAAAUUGGGUGCCGCAGCGAACAACGACCCUCUUUCUUACCAAGGAUUGAAGAAUAUUGGAGCAGGGGUAGCGGAGGCAGCGGAUGCUCUCGGUGGUUUUGAGAAGUCGCUCGCUGAUCUCACGCCAAUCCUAAAUCAAGUUGCACAAGCAGUUGGGGUCGAUAAAGGCGGACGCAGUCUGGAAGAUACCAUACCGCUUUGCAAGCCACACUACAUCAUGGGAGCGGUGGAGAACUUCCGGGAUUACUUGCUCACCCUGGAAAAACAGUUGUUAAGAGAAUAGAUACGAGUUUUUCUAAGGACGUUUUGUUCAAAUUUGAAUAAGUUUAACUUCACUUGUUUCACUUAGAUACAUAUGACUAUGAGAAUUCUGAAAUUUUCACACGACUUGCUUCCAGGAAGUCGGGUCGGGUUCACACGACUUGCUUCCAGGAAGUCGGAUGGUUGAGAUUAAAUGAAUGGACUGACAGUCCUAGAAGAUGUCUUGUUCCUAGUGUUUCCUCUAAGAAUAUGGCGCAUGCACAGUGUAAGUCCGCACGCAGCUGCUGUGAAUAACGCUUUUAUGGACGCUUCAAAGGCCGAAGUGUUGCUUGCGCCACUGGCUGGCAAAGGCAUUUAUCAACGCGUGACGAAAGCUGAAUUUGACAAAGUUGAGGAACUGGGGAGGUUUCUAGAUGACCAACUUGGUCCUGGGGUCCGCGCAGCGAGUGACAGCCUCCUGGCGGCUGCUCGGGACCCCUCAGUGCUUGAAGGUCCGGGCCCGACUCCGGGAGGAAGUGCGGGUGAAGCUGAUGAUGUCGGCUCAGCUCUUUCCGGAGGAGGACGCGGGCAAGUACGGAGCGCAGCGAAGCCAGACUUAGGCUAUGCAGCGAAACAGACGGGUGCACGAACGGGGACAGAAAAUGAGAUAGAAAUCGAUGAUGACUUAGCAUUACAAUAUCACGAUGGAAACCGGUUUGAGGGCUUGAGAAAGGUGGUCACUGAAACAUUCGAGAGCAUGCGGAUGGCUCUAAAAGACGUGCACAGAGCAGCUGAACCAUGUCGGCUCAGUAAUUUUUAGACCAUAUACGUCUACAUGAUUCUUGCAAAAAAUACUCGUACUAAAACUUCGGAACAAAUUUUUCUCAAAGUAGUGCGGGUACAUUUGUUGUUAUUCCA